AUGGGAUCUGUACAUCGAUCGUCUCCUGCACAUCAUGCUGCAACCCUCUCAUCGUUGACCGAUGAACCCCUCGUAGAGCCAACAUCGGGACCUCGUGUGGCCUUCGCCCAACACCUAGACGAACCGCGCCCCCAAAAUAUUGGAACAGGGGGAUGGGUCAUGGCACGAAAGUCCCGCAUCCCAUCGAUGGCCUGGAACAGACAAAGUAUUCUGGUCUUCGCUGACUUCAACGACUUCGAGAGCCCUCGAGGUAGUCGGUCACAACGAGCGGCUGAACGAGAUGACGAGGUCGAAGAAUACAAUCGCAACGCAUCAUCUCAACCGGAGGGUGUCUCAUCGUCUGCAAGCAGUGUGUUUAGUUUGGAUAAGACGCUGCCAGAACCGCCUUAUCAUGUCUUCACACUCAAGACGAAGAAGAAGCUGGUUUAUAUUGUGUCCCUCGCAGGAUUGUUUUCGCCACUAUCAAGUAACAUAUACUUUCCUGCACUUGGACAAAUUUCUACAGACCUCAAAGUCAGUGUUUCGCUUGUUAGCCUGACUAUCACCGUAUACAUGAUCGUUCAAGGACUCGCACCAUCCUUCUGGGGACCGUUAUCCGACACUCAAGGAAGACGUAUUACAUUUAUUGGUACAUUUAUGGUAUAUCUGCUUGCGAACGUUGGCCUGGCCUUCAGCAAUAGCUUCGCGUCGUUGAUGGUCUUUAGGGGUAUUCAAGCCGCUGGUAGUGCCGCGACAAUCUCAGUUGGUGCUGGAGUGAUUGGAGAUAUUACAACUGCCCGUGAGCGUGGAGGACUCAUCGGAGUCUUUGGCGGCAUUCGCAUGAUGGGACAGUCAGUCGGACCCGUCUUUGGCGGUAUUAUCACACAGUUCCUCGGCUUCCGAGCCAUCUUUUGGUUCCUCUUCGGCCUCGGUGCCCUUGCAUUGGGCCUGAUACUGAUGCUCCUCCCUGAGACCCUGCGAAGCAUCGCAGGCAACGGUACUGUCCGCCUGACCGGCAUCCAGAGACCAUUUAUCUACAAAUUCAAGCCUCAGCCAGACGCAAUAAUGGAACCAGACAACGUGCAAAAGAAGAAGGUCACACUCGCGAGCAUCGUGGCCCCUCUUCGAUUCCUCUUCGAGAAAGACGUUUUUGUCAGUCUCUUCUUUGGCAGCAUCGUCUACACCGUCUGGAGCAUGGUAACCUCCAGCACCACUGGCCUCUUCCAAGCUCGCUUCCACCUCAAUGACCUACAAGUCGGACUCGCCUUCCUCCCCAACGGCGCCGGUUGCGUUGCCGGCUCUUAUCUGACGGGCUACCUUAUGGACUACGAUUACCGCAUCGUCGAAGGGCAAUACCGCAAAGCCAAAGGAAUCCCCGACGACGUAAAGCUCAACAAGAAAACCCUCGUGGAUUUUCCGAUCGAGAAAUCCCGUCUACGAAAUAUUUGGUGGAUCGUCCUAGUUUUCAUCCUCACGACCGCUUUCUACGGUUUCUCACUCAGCGUGAACCAAAUCGCCGUACCCCUUGUCUUACAAUUCUUCAUCGCGUACUCUGCUACGGCUGUUUUCUCACUCAAUAGCGCUCUCGUCAUUGAUUUGUAUCCCGGCGCCUCGGCCUCGGCAACUGCAGUCAAUAACCUCAUGCGCUGCUCCAUUGGCGCCAUCGGCGUUGCGUCCGUGGAGCUAAUUAUCGAAUCCAUCGGUGCCGGGCCUACAUUCUUAAUGUUUUCAUUCGUCACUGCUGGGUUAUCCCCAAUGCUCGCGAUCGAGUGGUUCUAUGGUGAGGGAUGGAGGCUGGCUAGGACAGAAAGGUUGGCGCUAGUAGAGAUGAAGAAAGCGGCGGCGAAUAUCGAGGAUGUUAAAGUAGCGACUAAGAUCUAG